GAGCCUCGGAGCUGCAACCCCCAAGGGCCGGUAGGGCAAGAGCCAUGGGGAGGGAAGCGGGGAUUGCGGGUGUUGUCUGGGGCUUGGGCUCCUGGGGCCCUGGGGGAAGGGGCAUUUGGGCUGUUGGGAACACUUUGGUCCCACAGAGGAGAAACAGAGGCCAGGCAAGUGGGUGGGGGUGUUGAACUAAAGCUGAUGGUGUGUGUGUGCGUGUUGAGGUGUGUGUGCCCCCCAGGAUGUCCCCUAGACCCUAACUUCUUCAUUCCUUCACAUCCCCAUUUCCGUUCCAGUUUUCUGUGUCCAGAGGUGUGUUCAGAGCUCCUGCUGCCCUCAUUUGCUCUUGUCCCUUACCUGCCUCCUCCCCCCACCCCUCUGGACCCAGCUCUCCCUGUCCCUGCAUCUCCAGUCCCUUUCCAUCUGUCUGGUCUGAGACUUUGCGUCCUGGGGCCUUUCUGCCUCUGUCCACUGCCCCAGCAUUUGCUCCCUCCUCCCCUCUGUGCUGUUCCCUCCCCACUGGCUGGCUGGUUCUUGAUGCUGUCUCUCUCUUCCUCCCACGCACUCUCCUUCUCCCUCUCCUGAUUCCCAGCCCAGGCCUCUGCACCCGCUUGUCCUCUCCCAGUUACCCCUUCUGUACUCAUCUCUGUCUUCUCUCCUUUCCUCCUCCCCUACGCCCUUCCUCUUGAGCUCUCACCUCCACCCUAACUUCUUCCGGUGCCCUUCUUGUCCCCCAUUAUUAUUCCCACCACCUGUUUCCACUUCUCCCCCUUCUCUGUGCUCACAGUCUGUUUCCCUCCUCCAGCCCUGGGAGGCCUUGCUUCUGAGCUCCUCCAUUCUCUAGUCCUUUCUGUCUUCUUCCUCUUUCAGUCUCCUCUCUGUGGGGCCCAGGAUGGGGAGGAUUGGGGAGCACCGAGCAGGUUAUGAGAUGGAGAAAGAGCAUUGUGGGGUGGGUUGGGGGAUCUCCGGAUGUUGAGGGAUGCCCUGUGAAGGGGGAGGUUGCUGACGUUUGAUUGAGAAUUUGGGGAGGAGAUUUCAGAGCCAGUGGAUGAAGGAAGCAGAGAGGGCACAGCCACAGGUCCUGGUGUAAGGAGGGGGUGGCAGGAGAGGAGAUGGAAGGGGGUAGAGAGACCGCUAUUGGGCAUUUAGAGAAAUGGGGAGACAACAGAGGAGUAUGAUGUCCUGUGGUAGGGAACAGACAGGGGUAAAGCUGGAAUCAGGAAAGCAAGGCCCUGGAGAUGGGGCGCAGUAUUCGUGUGAGAACCAAGGGGGGAGGGCUGCAGGGAGUGAGGGAAGGAAGACCAGAGAUGCUUUUUGCAAGGUGAGGCCAUUACAUCCCCUGGGAGGAGGUAGAUGGGAGAAGGGAGGGUUGGGGGGGUGGUGGUUAGUCCAGUGCUAGGGAGCCCUGGAGUCAGAGCUCAGGAAGCCAAGGGAAGUGGAGGGAGGGACUGGAGGCCUGAAGUGUGGGAGGGGGUCCUCAGGAUAGGGCCUGAGCUGGGGGACAGGAGAAGCCCUGAUUUUCAGAGGAGAUGGGGUGUGGGUUGAAAAGUGAAGGAUUGUGAUUUGGGGAUAGAAUCUUGAGGUUUGAAGAUGGGGUAAGGGAGAACAGUGCUGAUCUCUCUGGGAGUCAGAAACUGGGAUGGAAGAUGAGGGCUGGUGAUUGAUAAGGACUGGGGCUGGAGGGUGGGAGAGUGACAGGGAAGGGGUUGGAGGAUGAGAUGGGCACAGGGACAGGGAAGGGGAUGGAGGACUAGGGGGGCACAGGGACAGGGAUUGGGGUGGAGGAUGGAGGCGGGGGCUGGAAGAUGGAAAUUGAAGGGUGUAAACAGGGAUUAGGACGGGGUGGAAAGGGAAGCGAAGAAGUAGAGGCAAGGAUGGGAAGCAGAUGGAAGUCCUCAUGGAUGAAGGCUGGGGCAUGGGUAAGGAGGUUCUAGAAGUAUGGGGAUGGGGCCAGAGAACGGGUAUGGAACGGAGGACGGACACGUGGAUGAGAUUUUGGCAGCCAGUGGAUAUUGGUUGGGCAGCAGCUUUUGUUGAGAUGUGAGGGGUCGGAAGAUGGCGUUAAUAGAUUUUUGAGUAUGAAAUGUAGUAUAAAGCUUGAAAACUGUCGGUGGUUUGUAGGAAAGGAGAGGGGCCCUUUUGGAGGUCGAGGGUGGGAAGGAGACUGGGGAAUCUGUGAUGAGUGUCUCGCGCUUGUUAGGCUCCAAAUAAAUAUUUGCUUGAGGAGGAAAUAUGUUGGGGACCCCGGAAGGCGGCUCUUGGCGGCCUCCUGCCAUUGCCAUAGAGACAUGGCUUCGGUUACCCUGGCAAUUGGGGAAGCCCCUUGGACCGGCCUGAUGUUGGCCCCGCCCUGGAGUCUACAGCCCUAGCUUUGUCGAGGCGACUGACGUCAGGGACCUGGGCACGCCCCACCUUAACCCUUUCCUGAAUGCCGUGGGGGAGGGAGGAUGAGGCGGCUAGGACCCGGAUGUCUGUCACCACUCCUCCUUUCCUGACGUCCUUUAAACUGCGCCAGUUCUCCCCCUGUGAUUGUCAACACAGAUACCCUAGAGGCCCCGGGAUAUGAGUUGCAGGUGAACGGGACUGAGGGGGAGAUGGAAUACGAGGAGAUUACAUUGGAAAGGGGUAACUCAGGUCUGGGCUUCAGCAUCGCAGGUGGCACUGACAACCCACACAUUGGUGACGACCCGUCCAUUUUCAUCACCAAGAUCAUUCCUGGUGGGGCUGCAGCCCAGGACGGCCGCCUCAGGGUCAAUGACAGCAUCCUGUUUGUAAACGAAGUGGAUGUGCGGGAGGUGACCCACUCCGCGGCAGUGGAGGCCCUCAAAGAGGCAGGUUCCAUCGUCCGCCUUUAUGUCAUGCGCCGGAAGCCCCCGGCUGAGAAGAUCAUGGAGAUCAAGCUCAUCAAGGGGCCUAAAGGUCUCGGCUUCAGCAUCGCAGGGGGCGUAGGGAACCAGCACAUCCCCGGAGAUAAUAGCAUCUAUGUAACGAAGAUCAUCGAGGGGGGGGCCGCCCACAAGGACGGGAGAUUGCAGAUUGGGGACAAGAUCCUGGCGGUCAACAGCGUGGGGCUGGAGGACGUGAUGCAUGAAGAUGCUGUGGCAGCCCUGAAGAACACGUAUGAUGUUGUCUACCUAAAGGUGGCCAAGCCCAGCAAUGCCUACCUGAGUGACAGCUAUGCUCCCCCAGACAUCACAACCUCAUAUUCCCAGCACCUGGACAAUGAAAUCAGUCACAGCAGCUACCUGGGCACCGACUACCCCACAGCCAUGACCCCCACCUCCCCUCGGCGCUACUCCCCAGUGGCCAAGGACCUGCUGGGGGAGGAGGACAUUCCCCGAGAACCGAGGCGGAUUGUGAUCCACCGGGGCUCCACGGGCCUGGGCUUCAACAUCGUGGGUGGUGAGGACGGUGAAGGCAUCUUCAUCUCCUUUAUCCUGGCCGGAGGCCCUGCUGACCUCAGUGGAGAGCUGCGGAAGGGGGACCAGAUCCUCUCGGUCAACGGUGUUGAUCUCCGCAAUGCCAGCCAUGAGCAGGCUGCCAUUGCCCUGAAGAAUGCGGGUCAGACAGUUACCAUCAUCGCUCAGUAUAAGCCAGAAGAGUACAGCCGCUUCGAGGCCAAGAUCCACGACCUACGGGAACAGCUCAUGAAUAGCAGCCUGGGCUCAGGGACAGCCUCCCUGCGCAGCAACCCCAAAAGGGGUUUCUAUAUCAGGGCCCUGUUUGAUUACGACAAGACCAAGGACUGCGGCUUCCUGAGCCAGGCCCUGAGCUUCCGCUUUGGGGAUGUGCUGCAUGUGAUCGACGCCAGUGACGAGGAGUGGUGGCAGGCGCGGCGGGUCCACUCUGACAGUGAGACCGAUGACAUUGGCUUUAUCCCCAGCAAGCGGCGGGUCGAGCGACGGGAGUGGUCAAGGUUAAAGGCCAAGGAUUGGGGCUCCAACUCUGGAUCACAGGGUCGAGAAGACUCGGUUCUGAGCUAUGAGACGGUGACACAGAUGGAAGUGCACUAUGCACGCCCCAUCAUCAUCCUCGGGCCCACCAAGGACCGUGCCAAUGACGACCUUCUCUCUGAGUUCCCCGACAAGUUUGGAUCCUGUGUUCCCCAUACCACACGGCCCAAGCGGGAAUAUGAGAUAGAUGGCCGGGAUUACCACUUUGUGUCGUCCCGGGAGAAAAUGGAGAAGGACAUUCAAGCGCACAAGUUCAUCGAGGCCGGCCAGUACAACAGCCACCUGUAUGGGACCAGUGUCCAGUCUGUGCGAGAGGUGGCAGAGCAGGGGAAGCACUGCAUCCUCGAUGUCUCAGCCAAUGCUGUGCGGCGGCUGCAGGCGGCCCACCUGCACCCUAUCGCCAUCUUCAUCCGUCCCCGCUCCCUGGAGAAUGUUCUAGAGAUUAACAAGAGGAUCACAGAGGAGCAAGCCCGAAAAGCCUUCGACAGAGCCACCAAGCUGGAGCAGGAAUUCACAGAGUGCUUCUCAGCCAUCGUGGAGGGUGACAGCUUCGAGGAGAUUUACCACAAGGUGAAGCGUGUCAUUGAGGACCUCUCAGGCCCCUACAUCUGGGUCCCAGCCCGAGAGAGACUCUGAUCCUGCCUGGCUUGGCCUGGACUCGCCUGCCUCCACCGCCCGGGCCCCUGGUCUGGACUGAAUUGCCCAAGCCCUUUGCCCCCAGCCUCCUUCUACCCCUUCUUAUUUAUUUCCUUUCUGACUGGAUCCAGCCCACUGGAGGGGGGAGACUCCUCUGCAUGUAUUCCCGCGCCCCAGAACUGGGCUCCUGAACCCCAGGAAUCUGGGGUCUGGGGGACGCUGGGCUCCUGGUCCUGAGCCCUUGCUCCUCAGGACCCCCACCUCUGCUCGCCCCCAACGCACACACAGACCCACCGGGGGCCACCUGCCCUCCCCAUUUUCUCCCCAACACAUUCCAGAAGUCAGGGGCCCCCCGAGGAGCGCCCUCUGCAGGGACGCAGGCCACAGGCCUCCACUCUCCCUAGGCAGGGUCCGGGGUCUCCCCUGCCCCCGUCAUAACUCCCAUGUCCCUUGAAUUCUCAUUUAUUUUUUCCAUUUUUUUCCCUCAAAGGUGGUUUUUGGGGGCAUACGUGGGGGGAACUCCACUGUGGGCCCCCUGCCUUCCACAUACCCCCACCUUUUUUCUUUGCUGGUUUGCAUGAGUGGAAGGUCUAACUGUGGCUUUUUUUUUUCCUGGGUUUUUUUGUUUUUUUUUUGUUUUUUUUGGG